AACGCCAAAAACACUCCCGCCUCUUUAUACUUCGUGCAUUCGUUUGAGAAAAACUCUGACGAAGAAGCAAAAGGCCUAAUGAUAAUAGGAAUGCCGGACUACACAUCAACACCAGAAAACUUUAGGACAUUGUCAAACUGCAGGAUUGAGGUAUGCAAAGUACUUGGAAUAACAAAGGAGCAAUGUGAGUUAUCAAUGGGGAUGUCUGGUGACUUCGAGCAAGUAGUAAGGAAUAUAACUUCGAGCAACUACUUAGACAAUUGGUUGAAAAAUGCAAGUAAAAUGUCAGUAUCAUGGUCUCGGAGAACAAGGAUUUAUAUUACAGAUCUAGAAUUGAUGGAGAUUCUGUUAUACAAAUUUGGACACUUUGAGAGGUCCAAACCAAAUCCUCUUGCAAGGUUGUUAGUAGGUGGACUUGUAAGCUAUGAGGAAGAAAAAUGGGUUAAGCAUAGAAGGAUCAUCAACCCUGCUUUGCAUCUAGAACAUCUAAAGUUUAACCAUUAUGUUAAGUGGAUUUGCAUCGGAAGAUGUGUUGCAACAUUCAACAAUGAUUUGCAUUGGAAGAUGUGCUGCAAUAUUCAACAAGGAUUUGCAUUGGAAGAUGUGCUGCAUUAUUCAAUAAAUUGAUUUUUUAAAGUCCUUGUACUUUUUAU